UCGUGCGCUUCUCAUGUGACUCCUUCGUUCCCGACUGAUGACUUGUAGAAUCUCAAUCAAACUUCAACUUACAGUGUGUAUUGUUACAUCGAAUUGAGGAUUGAUUGAAUUUAUCAAUAAGAAAGCGACAAUCAUAAAUCAUUGAUUUUAUAAAGUGAUCAUGAAGUUAUUAGAAGGUACAUCAUUUGCCAACAUGGGUGGACUAAACGAAGGCGUUGAAUACUUAAAAUCACUUUCAAAUGUGUUGAAAAUCACUCAAAUUGUAUUACUGUUGGUUGCCAUUGGUAGCAUUGGAUAUUUUGAAGAUCAUGUUGACCGAGACGAUAGUGGUUAUCACUAUCAUGACAAGGACAAUGUACUUUUUUUUAUUGGAGUUGCUGCAACUGCAGCAAGUGUUUCGCUUUUGUUUCAACUCGUAUUUUUUCUUGGUCUUCAUAAAAAGAUCGAUGUUUUCAACUGGGCAAGAACAGACUCUAUUGUCUUUCUCAUUUUGGCCAUACUGUUAUUGGUGGCUUCUUCACUUGUCGCCAAUACCGUACAAUCGUAUAAGUCUUGGAGAGGGCAAAACCAAUGCAAAUUGUUUGAUAUUUUAGAAUUGAAAUUCCGCUGCAGUCAACUCAUAGUAGCAUCUGUAUUUGGUUUCCUUGCUACAGUUGUGUAUGUUGUGGAUGCAGUUGUUCAUUUUCUACUUUGAUUGGUCAAUCAUCAUUUUUCAUCUAAACUACUAAUUUCUAAAAUUACAAAUUUGCUCGAAAAUGCUGAAAAAUAAAUGUUGAAGAAACACAA